UUUCUUCACAGUGUUAAAGAGUCUCCAAGCUCUAAUUCUCUCUCUCACCAACAGGAAGGUAUUGAGAAACUUGGAGUAGAAUACAAGUAAAUCCAAGGAAAUGGAAGGAAUUGGAGUCCAGAACUUUCUAGAGUCGCCACUACUGUAGGGUUUAUCUGCACCGGAGGAGCUGGGAACCGAACAACCCCUCACCGCCAUGCAGAGGUGGCGACGGUAGCCGACUGUAAACCAAAGACCUAAAGACUUCACCUUUCUUUGCAUCCAAACGUUUCUCUCCAAAACCCAAAUCCGAUUACUUACGAAUUGUGAUGGGGAGAGGUAGAAAGCGGUCGAGGAAAAUCGCAGAGUAUGGGGGUGAGGGCAUUUUGGGAAAUCAAAAUUAUAGGACCAAACGGGAGGGAGGUGAAGGGAGUUGGGAUUCUCCGAGCUUGAGGAAGAGGAAGAGAGAAGGUGAAGCUGGAGGGUCAUGUUCUAAGAAGAAAUGUACCAAGGGCUCAAAUUGGGUUAAUUGGAAGUCUUCAAUGUGCCAUCAGUGUCAGAGGAAUGAUAGGGCCAGAGUUGUUAACUGCACAAGUUGUAAGCGGAAGCGAUUUUGUGUAUCAUGCAUUCAGAAUUGGUAUCCCCAGAUGUCAGAGGAGGCUAUUGCUGAUGCUUGUCCUGUAUGCCUUGGAAAUUGCAAUUGCAAAGCGUGCUUGCGUUUAGAUGAAACUAAUCAUAAUUUGAAUAGCAAGCUUGCAUUGCACGUUAGCAAAGAUGAAGAAGUGGAGCACUCUAAGUAUUUGCUUGAAGCAUUGCUUCCAUUCUUGAAAAGACUUAAUGAUGAACAAGUUAUAGAGAUGGUGAUGGAGACUAGAAGACAAGGGAAAUCUCUUUCGGAGCUAAAGAUCCAAAGGUCGGACAGCUCUCCUGAUGAUCGUGUAUACUGCGACAACUGCAAUACAUCUAUUAUUGAUUUCCACAGAAGCUGUCCUAUAUGUUCAUAUGACCUUUGUCUUAUCUGCUGCCGGGAGAUUCGAGAUGGAAACCAGCAAGGAAGUGCAGAAGAAGUGAUUGGGGAGUAUAUCAAUCGAGGUCUAGACUAUUUACAUGGUGGAAAGGGCAACUUAAUAAAAAAGCCUUCUGAAACUAAACUCAAGUGUCCUGUAAGGUCAACAUCUAAGUGGAAAGUAAGCAAAGAUCGAAGUAUUUUUUGCCCCUCAAAAGACAUGGACGGCUGUGGUUGUAGUGUUCUAGAACUGAGAUGCAUAUUUUCUGAAAACCACAUCAUAGAGUUGGUAGAAAAAGCAGAAGAAAUUGCAGAAACUAAAAAACUGAUGUAUGCAGCUGGACCUUCUGCACAGAAGUUUUCAUGGUUCAACUCUGCAGGUGGUGCUGACUCAAGAAGCAAUGAAUUGACGAAAGCAGCUUCUCGAGAGGAUUCGGAGGACAACUACUUGUACAGUCCAAGGGCUAUAAAUAUCCAACAUGAAGACUUUAAGCAUUUUCGCUGUCAUUGGAUCCAGGGUGAGCCUGUGAUUGUGGGGAAUGUGCUUGAAACUGCAACAGGUUUGAGCUGGGAACCAUUUGUCAUGUGGCGUGCUUGUCGUCAGAUGAGAAAUAUCGGGCAUGAUAGACACGUGGAAUUUAAGGCCAUUGAUUGCUUGGAUUGGUGUGAGCUAGAUAUUGGUAUCCACCAAUUUUUUACUGGAUAUUUGGAGGGCCAGUUUGAUGGGAAAAUGUGGCCUCGUAUUCUGAAACUCAACGAUCAGUCCCUUGAUGAUUAUUUGGAGAAGCGCCUUCCUCGUCAUUGUGCUGAGUUUAUUUGUUGCUUGCCAUUUAAGGAAUAUACCCAUCCUCGCAGUGGCCUCCUGAACCUUGCUGUAAAAUUGCCUAUGGAGUGUGUAAAGCCAGACAUGGGGCCAAAAAUGGAUAUUGCUUAUGGUGUGUCCCAGGAGCUUGGACGUGGAGAUUCAGUAACUAAGCUUCACUGUGAUUCAUGUGAUGUGGUGAAUGUUUUGACACAUACUGCUGAAAUGACGAUUACUGCUGAGCAACUUUGUACUAUAGACGGGUUGAAAAAAGAGCACAUUGAACAAGACCGAAGGGAAAUGUUUGAAAAUUAUGAGACUGUGGAUGACAAUGUUGAUCAUAAGGAGUCUGGCAGUGGGUCUAGUGUCAGGACUGCAAAGGGUAAACAAUGUUGUACUCAAGUUAAGAAUCAAAACAGGGUUGCAAUUUUUCAAGAAAAGACUAAAGCUCAAACUGAUAGUUGGAAUGGUGGAAAUUUUUCAAAGGAAUCCAUGUCUGAAAAGAAUGCAGAGGGAGGUGCUUUAUGGGACAUUUUUCGUCGACAGGAUGUUCCUAAGCUGCAGGAAUAUCUAUGGAAACACUACAAGGAAUUCAGGCACACCUACUGUUGUCCAUUGCAGCAGGUCACUCACCCCAUACAUGAUCAGACUUUUUAUCUGACAUUAGAGCACAAGAGGAAGCUGAAGGAAGAAUAUGGAAUUGAACCAUGGACAUUUAUCCAGAAACUUGGAGAUGCUGUCUUUAUUCCUGCAGGAUGUCCACACCAAGUUAGAAACUUGAAGUCGUGCAUUAAAGUUUCUGUUGAAUUUGUCUCCCCUGAAAAUGUUGGUGAGUGCUUACGUCUGACAGAUGAGUUCCGUACACUUCCACAAAAGCAUAUAGCUAAAGAGGACAAAUUGGAGGUGAAGAAAAUGAUUGUUCAUGCUGUACAUGAGGCUGUGGAGAUUUUGGAUCAGAAUUUGAGGUUAUGUAGCAUUAAAAACUUCAGGGGAGAGAAGCCUUCACAGCCCCCUGUUAAUAUAUGUAAGGGCAACAUUGCAAACAAAUUGAGAGAGAAAGCAGCUAGAGGACGACCACAAGAAGAAUCGAAAGAGGUUCAAAUUCUUGAGGAGCAGCCUUCACAAUUAUCACAGCCUAUAGAGCCUGCUAUUGAUGUUGGUAGAUUUGGAUGCACACGGAGAGAGGAAAAAGAUGGAGGGCAACCACAAGAAGCAAGUAGAGUAGAUGAAGAGGUCCAAAUUCUUAAGGGGCAGCCUUCACAGUCAGCACAACAUGUACAGCCCACUGCUUAUGUUGAUAGCAAGCAUACGAUGAGAAAGGAAACAGAGGGAGGGCUACUGCAAGAAACACAUGGAGAAGUUGAAGACGUCCAAAUUCUUGAGAAGCAGCCUUGGCAAUCAUCACAAACUGUACAAGCCACUCUUCAUGUUGGUAGCAUUGAACAUGCAUCUAGAGAGGAAAAAGCUGGAUGGCAACCACAAGAAACAAGUGGAGAAGAUGAAGAAGUCCAAAUUCUUGAGGAGCAGCAUUGGCAAUCAUCAAAAUCUGUACAAGAAACUGUUCACAUUGGUAGCAUUGGACAUGCAAUGAGAGAGGAAAAAGUGGGAGGACGACAGCAUGAAGGAAGGGGAGAACAGGAAGAGGUCCGAAAUCUUGGUGAAAAGCCUUCAAAGUUAUCACAACCUGAACCUGUCCAGCCCACUGUUGAUGUUGAUAAAGCGGUGCAGCAACUGGAUGAGCUCGUGGAGCUCCUUAGACAUUUUGAACAGAGGAGGAUACCGAUGGGAGGGAGAGAUGGAAGAAUCAGUUCUCAAUUCCAGCUUUUAUGCUCGGAGUUCUUGACUUUAUCUUUGCAUCUUGGUUAUACACCUAAUGAUACCAAACCUCACACUACACCAUCUGCUCAGCCGCUACAUGAUCCUCCAGUUGUAGAUCUUUAGAUUCUAGGAUUUGUUACUCAUCUAGGAUGAUGCCUGCCUGGUAUAAUUUUGGUUAUCUGAUGCAUAACUUAUGUUUUAAGUGUUUACUGAAUGAUGAUGGUUGAUCAUGAAAUUCGCCGUAGGCUUGACAUUGCGAAA